AUGGCUAUCGGUCUGCUAAGUUACUCACAUUCAUCAGGGCAACACUUCCUCCCGUUCUGGAAGAUUGCCUUUUGCGGCCCAUCUGACAACGGAAAGACAACACUGAUCCUCGCCAUCCUUGGUAUGAUCCAAUUCGAACAAGGCACCAUUUGUAUCUAUGGAUUGGACUUGUCGGAGUAUUCCAGAGCUGAAACCAGAACCAAACCAAAUGUUAUUACACAAGAUCCCUUCUUGGUAGCUGGCACAAUCCGCUUAAAUUUUGAUCCCUUCGAGGUGGCAUCAGAUGAUGAGAUUAUCUUAUGUUAUAGAAUAACAGGCUCUCUACAAAAGGUGCGACUUAUGGGAGAGGAUUGA